AUGGAGAACAGACAGCAACAGUUGGGCCGAGUUGGGUCAAGGUUAUCAGACAUUCUUGUAUUGCCGCUUGAGGCGGUUGAGAUUGCUGGGCAAUGUCGUGAUCAACUUACGGGCCAGCUCAGAGACUGGCUUUGUUUUCCACCUCUGUCAUUUCUCUUCCAAGUCCGCUUCUCUGCGGAGCAGUUCGUCAAAGAUGUUUGUGGAAUAUUACGGCUCGAACGGGCAAGAGCUUCAGUCACGUUAGUCGACGAGAAGGAGACGAAUGAAGAGGCGCAGACGCGACGGAUGAGUGUAUACGAGUCUUUGGUACCGAAACCAUGGGGGUUCUUGACUGGACAGGAGGAGAAAAACGUGGGAGGCAUCCCUGUGUUGAAAGUGAAGUUGCGAGUAGACGAAGUGUUUAUCGAACGCGGGGGCGGUCAGGAUGAGUUCGUCAUUACUUCGUAUGGCGAAACAGGUUUCCCAAUCUAG